ACAGCGCAUGCGCCGGGCGUGGCCCCGCCUCCCUGCACCGCACGGCUCGCGGGUCGCAUUCCGGGGUCGGAUUCGCUGGUUUCCCUCAGCCUUCCAUGCUGCGGCGGCUGCGGGGCACCCUGGGAUAGCGGCGGCUCGCCGGAUCUUGGCCCUUUCCAAGCGCUCCUGAUGCCUCAUAUGCCUCUGGCUUCUUUUCGAUCACCACUCUGGGGGCUGAGGCCGUCACAGGUCUUCCCCAGGUCGUAUCCCCUUUCUACCCAGUCAAAGCCCCAUGGAUCCUCCCUCUCCCGGAGAAACCAUGAAGCCAAGAAGAAGCGCCAGCGAGAAAAGCAGGCGGCGCUGGAGGCUGGGGUAGCCCGGAAGAGCAAGUCACCUGCAGAAUCCAGUAAGUCCUGGACUCCUAAGGAGGUGGUGGUGUAUGAAAUUCCCACAGAACGCGGUGAAAAGAAAGAUGUCUCCCGGGUCCUGCCUCCUGCAUACAGCCCUCGAUAUGUUGAGGCUGCCUGGUACUCUUGGUGGGUGCGAGAGGGCUUCUUCAAACCAGAAUAUCAGACCAGGCUGCCCCAGGCCACAGGGGAGACGUUUUCCAUGUGUAUCCCACCUCCCAAUGUCACUGGCUCCCUACAUAUUGGACAUGCACUGACAGUGGCCAUACAGGAUGCCCUGGUGCGCUGGCACCGGAUGUGUGGGGAUGAGGUGCUGUGGGUCCCAGGCUCAGAUCAUGCGGGAAUUGCUACACAAGCUGUGGUGGAGAAGCAACUUUGGAAGGAGCAAGGAGUGAGGAGACAUGAGCUGAGCCGGGAAGACUUCCUUAGGGAGGUGUGGAAGUGGAAGGAGGAGAAAGGUGGAGAGAUCUGUGAGCAGCUCCAAGCUCUGGGGGCCUCCCUGGACUGGGACCGAGAGUGUUUCACUAUGGAUGCUGGCUCCUCAGUGGCCGUGACUGAAGCUUUUGUGCGACUCUAUGAGGCAGGGUUGUUGUAUCGGAACCAGCAGCUUGUCAACUGGUCCUGUGCUUUAAGAUCAGCCAUCUCGGAUAUCGAGGUGGAGAGCCGGCCCCUGCCUGGCCGCACGGAACUUCGUCUGCCUGGCUGCCCCAUCCCUGUGUCUUUUGGCCUCCUUGUUUCUGUGGCCUUCCCUGUGGAUGGAGAGCCUGACACAGAGAUUGUAGUAGGAACCACAAGGCCAGAGACAUUGCCUGGAGACGUGGCUGUGGCUGUUCAUCCUGAUGACUCCCGAUACACACAUCUGCAUGGGCGACAGCUUCGUCACCCCUUGACUGGGCAGCUUCUCCCCCUCGUCACAGACUCUGCUGUUCAGCCACACAUGGGCACAGGGGCGGUGAAGGUGACUCCAGCACAUAGUCUUGCUGAUGCUGAGCUGGGAGCCCGACAUGGCUUGAGCCCUCUGAGUGUCAUUGCAGAGGAUGGGACCAUGACUUCCCUCUGUGGGGAUUGGCUACAGGGUCUUCACCGAUUUGUGGCCCGGGAAAAGAUUAUGUCUGCACUGAGGGAGCGGGGCCUGUUCCGGGGCCUUCAGAACCACCCUAUGGUGCUUCCUAUUUGCAGCCGUUCUGGGGACGUGGUAGAAUACCUACUGAAGAGCCAGUGGUUUGUCCGCUGCCGGGAGAUGGGGGAUCGAGCUGCCCAGGCUGUGGAGUCAGGAGCUCUGGAGCUCAGUCCCUCCUUCCACCAGAAAAACUGGCAGCACUGGUUUUCCCACAUUGGAGACUGGUGUAUCUCCCGGCAGCUGUGGUGGGGCCAUCAGAUUCCCGCCUACCUGGUUGUAGAGGAGCAAACGAAGGGUGACAGGGAGGACUGUUGGGUGGUUGGGAGGACAGAGGCCGAGGCCAGAAAAAUAGCUUCAGAGCUGACAGGGAGACCAGCGGCAGAGCUGAUCCUGCAGAGGGACCCUGAUGUCCUGGACACAUGGUUCUCUUCAGCUCUUUUCCCCUUUGCUGCCCUGGGCUGGCCCCAAGAGACCCCAGACCUCACUCGUUUCUACCCCCUGUCACUUUUGGAAACUGGUAGUGACCUUCUGUUCUUCUGGGUGGGCCGCAUGGUCAUGUUGGGGACCCAGCUCACAGGGCAGCUCCCCUUCAGCAAGGUGCUUCUUCAUUCCAUGGUUCGGGACAGGCAGGGCCGGAAAAUGAGCAAGUCCCUAGGGAAUGUGUUGGACCCACGAGACAUCAUCAGUGGGGUGGAGCUGCAGGUGCUGCAGGAAAAGCUGAGGGAUGGGAACUUGGACUCUACAGAGCUGGCGAUCGCGGCUGCAGCACAGAGAAAGGACUUCCCUCAUGGGAUCCCUGAGUGUGGGACAGAUGCCCUAAGAUUCACCUUGUGCUCCCAUGGGGCCUUAGGGGGCGACUUGCACCUGUCUGUCUCCGAAGUCCUGAGUUCCCGGCAUUUCUGCAACAAAAUCUGGAAUGCCCUGCGCUUUAUCCUCAAUGCCUUAGGGGAGAAAUUUGUGCCCCAGCCUGCAGAAGAGCUUUCCCCUUCAUCGCCCAUGGAUGCCUGGAUCCUGAGCCGUCUUGUCCAUACUGCCCGGGAGUGUGGGCGAGGCUUCCUUGCCCAAGAGCUCUCACUUGUCACCCAUGCCCUGCACCACUUCUGGCUCCAUAACCUCUGUGAUGUCUACUUGGAGGCUGUGAAGCCGGUGCUGUUGCACUCGCCCCGUCCCCAAGGCCCCCCUCAGGUCCUGUUCUCCUGUGCUGACAUCGGUCUCCGCCUCCUCGCCCCACUGAUGCCCUUCCUGGCUGAAGAGCUCUGGCAGAGGCUGCCCCUCAGGCCUGGAGGCUCCUCUGCCCCUAGCAUCUCUGUUGCCCCCUACCCCACUGCCUGCAGCUUGGAACACUGGCACCAGCCUGAGCUGGAACAGCGCUUCUCCCGGGUCCAAGAGGCCGUGCAGGCACUGAGGGCUCUCCGAGCCACAUACCAGCUCACAAAGGCCCGGCCCCGAGUGCUGUUGCAGAGCUCAGAGCCUGAAGAGCAAGGCCUCUUCGAGGCCUUUCUGGAACCUCUAGGCACCCUGGGCCACUGUGGGGCUGUGGGCUUCUUACCCCCAGGUGUACUGGCUCCCUCUGGCUGGGCCCAGGCUCCACUCAAUGAUACCAUUCAGGUGUACAUGGAGUUGCAGGGGCUUGUGGACCCCCAGACCCAUCUAUCUCUGCUAGCUGCCCGAAGACACAAGUUGCAAAAGCAGCUUGAUGGCCUCAUGGCCUGGACCCCAUCAGACGGGGAGACGGACACUAAAAGGCAGCAGAGGCUUUCCUCCCUCGAGUUGGAAUUGUCGAAGCUGGACAAGGCAGCCUCUCACCUCCGGCAGCUGAUGGAUGCAUGUCCUAGCCCCAGAGAGCUCUGAGCUCCAGCUCACUAUAUGGUGGUUUUCUUCUCUUCCUGAUCUGCCUUUGAGGACAGACAGAAUCUAGCAGCUGUCAAGCAUGAUGGAGAUUCUGAGACCUUGUGGCUCACUUCCCAUAUUUCGUAAAUAAGGAAACCAGAUUGGUUUGGUCAGUGUCACUGGGUGUCCUCAAGAUGCUCACAUUCCUGCCCAGCCUCCCUCUUAUGCAGUCCUACCUGGAAGUUUAGGAAUGAGAUAAACUUGGUCUUUUUAUUCCUCUUUCUCCUAGUGGUGACUUUCUUGCCUUUCAGUUGUUCCCUGAGGCUUUGGUCUAGGAAAAGAGGGGGGCUGCCUCUUACCCUGGGGCUAAGCCUGGGGCUCUGGGCUGCAGUGGGAGUGUGCAUGCUGGCGGUGUCUGCCUUAUUGGAAGAAAGAGGAGCGUCCUGGUAAGGCCUGGGUACUGUGACUCGGGUUCCACCUACUUCUUGGAAUUACUGACAGUGUCCUGGCUCCUGCAGGCCAUUUCUCCUCACCAAAUGGAAGGUACCCCACUCCUUGGCUUUAUCCUGGGGUGGGGUGUGCUAAGAGGAGCAGGUACUUCCUCUGGGCCCGAGGGGCUGCAAGGCACGCUGGGGCUUGAAUGCUGCCCCUGUUCUGUGUACCUGAUACCAGACUGCCAGGGACAUCUUGACCAACCUCCAACAGAUGUACAUCCCCACUGAUGCAGACACCCACUGAUCCACCCUAAACACCUUGUGUCAUCUCCGUGGAAUUCAGGGACCUGCCUCUUACAUGCCCAAGUUAUAUUCUGUCUAGCAGCUUUGAGGCUAUUACUUAUGGUAGGCCUAUCAUGGUCUGUAGCUUCCGUGGUGCAUAUAAUCCUCCUGAGAACCUUAGGAGGUGGGUGUUGGCUCCAUUUUGGAAAUGAAGAAAUGUGCUCGGAGAAUAAAAGUAACUUGUCCAAAGUAUCAACUGGGAUUCAACCCAGUACAUAGGUGCAGGUUCAUUUUGGCUGCUGUAACCAAGCAUCAAAUAUAAUGGUGGGUUAGGCAAGGUGGACAUUUCUUUUGCUGAGCAGAGGCAGUUCAGAGUUCUGUAAUAAAGGAGGCCCACACCCCAUUUAAUCUUAUUUCCUGCCAUUCUGAUACACUGUUUCCAACUCUAGGUCUAAGAUCUGCUCCACCCUACCCCCACCCCCAUCCUAUCCAGAGAGAGGAGGGAGAGGAGGGGUUGGGCAGCUUCCUUUCUGUCUUCCCCCAGUUCAAAUAUUUCUAUAUGCUGGGAACUAUUCUGGACCCUUGGAUUCAUCAAUGACUGAAACAAAGGUCUUUGUUUACUUUAAUUCUAGCAAGGAGAGUCAAAAAGAACACAUGUAAAUAAAGUAAACUAUACACUA